AUGUCCGCCUUUGACUUUAUCGUUGUCGGGACUGGCCCAUCCGGCUGCGCCCUCGCCUCUGGCCUCGCUAAUUCGACUGCCAAACCCCGCGUCCUCCUCCUUGAAGCAGGUGACAACAAGGACGAUCGCAAUCUUCGCAUUGAUGGCCAGCGAUGGCUCACCUUCCAAGACCAGUCGAUGAAUUGGGGAUUUAAGACUACUCCGCAGGCGGAUUGUAACAACCGUGAGAUCGAUUAUAGUCGCGGCCGGUGCAUGGGCGGCUCGAGCUCCAUCAAUUUCGGCGUGUAUAGUGUUGGUGCGCGCGAUGAUUACCAGGAGUGGGCGAGAAUUGUUGACGAUGAGACUUUUGCGUGGCCAGGUGUUCAGCAAAAGUUCAAGGAGCUGGAGACGUUCCAUGGGGAGAUUCCCGAAGGCAUAGAUAGAAAGUAUGUGGAUCCGAAGAUGGAAAACCAUGGAACUGAGGGUCCGUUGCAUGUGGGCUUUGCACGGGAGUGGGAACGGGAUUUAACAGACGUCUUGGAUGUCUUCGAGCAAGCUGGGUUCCCGUUGAACCCAGAUCAUAAUUCAGGAAAUCCGAUUGGCAUGUCGGUACUGAUUAGCUCGGCGCACAAGGGAUUGCGCUCGACUGCAGGAGAUUUGGUCAAGGAGAAACUGGAUAAUUUGACUAUUAUUACUGGUGCCCCUGUACAACGUGUCCUCCUGGAAGGCAAAAAGGCCGUGGGCAUUGAGUCGAAUGGGAAUAAAUACUACGCUUCAAAGGAAGUCAUUCUAUCCGCCGGCUCGCUAAACGAUCCCCGCAUCCUGAUGCACUCAGGCAUAGGCCCCGCCGCCCAACUCCAACAAUAUGAAAUCCCCGUCGUCCAUGACGUACCCGCCAUCGGCCAGGGGCUCCGCGAUCAUUGCUUCGUGCCGAUGGUUAACACUCGCACGGCAACCAGCACAGACCGAAAAGCCUUUUACGGUGACAAAGCCGCCAUGGAUGCUGCACAGAAGCAAUGGGAAGAAGACGGCACAGGCCCUUGGGCCAAAUUUGCCUGCGAGUUGGGCAUUGGCUGGUUCAAGCUGACCGAGCAGCUUGUUUCUACUCCAGAAUUCAAGGCCCUCCCCGCAGACGAACAGAAUUAUCUUCUACAGGAAACCGUGCCCCACUACGAGAUCCUCACCCAUUUCCCCGUUCACUGGGUCAUUCCUGAUUUCCCGACCGAGGCAUUGAACUACUCCUGUCUGCUCGUCUUUUUGUUCAACGCACAGACUCGCGGAGAAGUCACAUUGCAAUCAUCCGAUCCUGACUCUCCGCUCUCUUUUAACCCUAAGUUCCUGGCCCAUCCGUUCGACCGUCGACUAGCGAUCGAGGCCUUGCGCGACUCGUUCCGUGUCGCCAAGCAUGAAGCCUACACAAAGGACAACGUGGCAGAGCUAGCAAUGCCUAAGGGCGAGUCAGACGAGGAGCUACUUGAAUACUGGCGACAGAACAUCUCAUCGAGCUGGCACAUGACGGGAACCGUGAAGAUGGGCAUGAAGCACGAUGUGGAUGCAGUUGUGGAUCCGGAUUUCAGGGUGAAAGGUAUUGAGAAUCUGCGUGUUGCAGAUAUGUCAGUUGUACCGGUGUUAGUGAAUGCGCAUGUGCAGGCUGUUGCGUAUGUCACCGGCGCAAUUUGUGCAGAGAAGUUGGUGAGGGAGUAUAACCUUUCUUAG